UUGAUUUUCCGUUCGUUUAUUUGCGUUUUCCCCGACGGAUUUUCGUGUUUUCCUGUGUAUUGAACGUGUUCAUUAUGUUCAAAACACCUUCAUCUCACUUGGGCUGACACAACAACAGCCAUGAACGUGUUAGAGAAAGCAGAAAAGGCGUUGGAAUAUUUGAAAAACGUCGAUAGUUCCACGAAGAGCCAUGAGGUACAGGCUGCGGCGGGGACCCUGGGGCGAUGUCUCGGAGUGCUGGGGAGCCGGCAAAACUGCGCCAAACACUAUGCAAACUUGCUUCACGCCGCUAUACCUACGUUGUUGAAUUUGGCCAGUAACAGCAGUGCAGAAGUACGUCUUGUCGGAGAUGAGGCACUCAACAGAGCUGUGGUCGGAGGAUUUGCAUUCCAUUCCUAUAAGACCAAUAUUAUCCUUCAGAACCAGAUAGACCAUACUAAGAAUGCCAGAUGGAUCCGCGCAGCGCUCUCCCGCGUGUGCCUGGGCGACUGCUGGCUACGCCCAGGGGUGGGCAAGAUUCGCACUCAAGCCCAGACCUUAUUUCCGAAGCUCAGUCAGAUUGUCAGACAGACCAGCGAAGUACAACUAGUGUUGGAGGCUUUGGAGACCAAUUUGCCCAGACUGUUAGUAGCUUUGGCUGAUUAUACCACUGAUGAGGAGAUAUCUGAACUAUCCAAAGCUCUACUAUCACACGUGGAGUCAUCAGAGCCUGCAGUCAGGCGAGGUGUGGCCAAUUGCGUAGCCCAUCUUAUUGCGCAUAGAGAACCCUUGCUUCCCAAUGUGCUGUCCAAACUAUUUGAUAAGCUAUGGCCUACAGCAUCAGACAACAACGCCAUACUAGGCUGGUUUGGCGUCGUCAAAUCACUGUUUCAGGCAAACGAGAUAUCCAAGUUCAAUGAAAACGAUCUGUUCUCUGUGCUGGAUUAUUUGGAGUUAUACCACCUGUGCAUCCACUACAUAGAUGCGUCAACAGAACACAAUACACAGAACGCGGUUAUGGAAUGUCUGACCACUUUACUGUCGCAAGCUUCAGGACUGUAUAGGAAGGCUCUGUUGGAAGUCCAUCCAAAAAUUGUUAGCUUGGACAAUGUUAGCGUCAAAGGACAUAGGAGGAAUAUUAGUUCCGCAAGCGCAGCAUCUUCCCGCUUCGUUCCAAGCCCGCUGACGGAGCCCCGCGACCAACCGGAACUGCUUUUCAGCGGAGCCCUACAACUCGGCAGCUUGUUGCAACUCAAUACCCCCAGUUUGAGUGUGGAAGACCUUACUAUUCAGACACCGGAUUCACCAGUGAGUGAGACAGAUAUACAGCUGCCAAGCGCAGAACAGUUAACUAAACAUCUGUCAGAGAAACUACAAGAAAUAGAAGAGGAAAGUAAAGAGAGUGACCAAGUAGAUCAUCCUGUCAGCGAUAGUGGAGUAAAGAUUAAUAUAGGCUCUUCAAUUGACGAUGACAUUCCUCUAAAGUUUUGCGCAAGAUUGCUCGUAUCCAAGUUCUUAUUGGCUGGCAACAAAGGAGAUCUUAUAACUGACAGGUCAGUAAGGGUCUCAGUAAAGUCUUCAGCUCUCAACUGUUUGUCUGAGAUACUGCAACUGUACCCACAAGCGAUGACCAUGUAUUUGGACAAAGAUGCUGACGUCAAAAGCCACAACAUAUCAGGAUCGUCAGAAACAGAUUCGAAUCAGGACCACAUAAACGACUUCAUACUCGAAAGGAAUGUCUGUUAUCAAGAUUCACUGACAGACUCCUUAAGCCAAGAACUCCUCAAUCGUAGUAUGGACAGUCAUUCUUCCCAACCCAUUUCGAAGAAGGAUAGCAAAUCAUUGGAGAAAUCACAGGACAGCGCUGAGCAAAAAAGUUCAUCGAAAGAUGUUCCAAGCAACAUUCUAGAUAGCAGAACAAAAGAACUGGUAGCCAGUGCUAUGACUGACAGUACCAACCCUAAUAUGACCAAUAGCAACUUCACUAGUCAUUCCAAUAUGACGACGAGUAACGACCAAACUGGAUACCCUAUGUCCAGUAGCGGGGACAUAUUAUCUUCCAGCAUAGACCUUGACAUGAAAUUCGAUCAUUUCGGAGAGUCCACCACAAAUUUGGACAAUCUAAAAGACUUGGAACAGAAAGAACGGUCGAAAAGACCUCUCAAACGCACCGAUGAAGUGCAUAGUAAAGACGCUCCCGAUUUGAUCGAGAAAAGUAUGAAGAGUGAGGAUUUGGACAAGAUGGACUUAGAUAAAGAUGAUAAGGACUUUGAAUUUCAGCAUAUGAGUGACGUGUUUGUUUUACUAGAGGGUCAUAACGACCCCCAAAUCAGGGGGUUGGUAAGGGUGUGUAUCGGGAACUAUUUGAGUGCGUCUCUUGAUUUGUCUCAUGGCGACUAUCACAGGUGGAGAAAUUUCAGUUUGCUACCGAAAGAAGUCAAAGAUAAUAUUAGCACAGAAAGAUUGGUUGAAAUUGCCUUGAAGGGUCUUACAGACGAACUGCAUUCCACAGUAAACCAUACGCUCUCAGCGCUGACCAAAAUGUCAGUGCCCCUAUCAAACAGCGCCCACUGGUCACUCCUAACAGACGCAUUGAAUGCUCUAGUCAACGUGGAGAAUAACAACUACUGGCUCUGCCGAGUCAACCUCUGUAAGCUUUAUGAGAAAUUGCCUUACCAGAAAUUAUUUAUUCUGUAUUCUGGUUACCAAAUAAAGAGUAAGAUUAUAAUGGAUACACUAUUCCGCCUGUUGGGAGAUCAAGACCAAAGAGUGAGACACGCGGCGUCACAGGCAAUAGCGAGCAUAAUACCAAAAAUAACUCCUUCCAAAAGACACACACCAACAACUAUGGUGGCAGAGAUAGCUAAACACAGUAUGCAGAUCAACUUCGACCAUCCGAGUUUAUCCUUAGACUUAGUCAGGAAUAUUUACUUCUAUUACGACUUGCCUGAUCAGCUGAAAGACGGUGAGAUCGUCAAUGGUGACUCUCUGAAGGUGAUCGUUGGAGAUCUGAUGGGAAAACUUAUGGCUUCAAGUUGUAAACAUUAUUCGCUAGGUCUACUAGAAGCUCUUCAAUCGAUAUGCAGGAGGUGGCCUCCGUGGAAGCAUAUCGACGCGUACACAGAGCAGAGUAUAUUGAGCUAUUGUCUGGACAAUCUGGACUACUGUAUCGGUACCGUUGCUGCCCGAACUGUACUGCUUGACUUGUGUUCGCUACUGUAUCCCGUGGAAAUCCACAACGUGAUGCGUUACAAGACAACCAAUCUAAACAUAUUCGAACGAGAUACGAUGCCUUCCAAAGACAAAUGGCAACAUUUAGAAAACGACAGAGUUGCCAGUUUAUGCGAUAAAUUCUUACAAGUUACAUUAAAAAUGCUGAAUGUACUCGUGCAUCUUAUAGAGGAAGUUAAUCCUAAUACACAUUUGAAUAAAGGAGUCAUUGCUUUACCUGGAAGUCCUGUUCGAAGGAAAAGUAACGAUCCAACACCUAGAAAGGGCAGUAUGACAACAGAGUUAGACGACAAAGGUCUGAGAAAGAAGCCCAACAUACAAACCGCAACUCUGAAAGGUAACCUGGCUGGACAUUUUUUCAAUGAACCCUUCUACAUGAAGCUCUAUGAAACCCUUCGAGCAACUUAUUCCAAUCACAAGAUAAACCUAGAUCCAAAAUCAAGUAUGUUUCACGAUUUUCUGUCAACAACCCUGAACUGCUUAGCUAUACAACUAGAACUAGCGACUGAGCGAGAAUUUGGUGCAGUGACUGAAGAACUUCUUUACUAUCUACGAGUAAUUAUGCCGUUAUGUCCUGACAAAACCGUGUACUGCAUCACACAACUAUUAAAAUGUCUUUUCGGUACAAAUAUGAUCAAUCAAUAUACGGAUUUCUUGAGUAUAAGUGACAAAGAAGAGUUUAACAAUAAGACUGCGUUUUUCGAAGAUAUUAUGUUGGCAAACGCUUUGGCUGUGUCUAAUAAGGACUCGAGAAGAAGUAGCAUUAGUUCGAAUACUAGUCAGAAACUUUCACUUGAUAGUAAGAAUCCAAGAAUGGUGGCCGAAAGAGAACUGCUGAUAAAAAUGGAGAAUUUCUCCAAGAAUAGAACUGAUAGGAAGUGGAGUACGAAUAAAAAGGAACUAGAGAGAUAUAUAAGGUUGUUUGAGCCGGUUGUGAUACAAGCUUUAAAGAGCUAUACAAUGCAAAACGAUAUCCCGUUGCAAUGCAAAGUGCUCUGCCUUCUAAACCAGCUGUUGACCCUCAGAGUAAACUACUGCAUGUUGGAUAGCGAUCAGAUCUUCAUCGGCUUCCUGAUGAAGCAACUUGACUUGGUUGAACAGCACGAGAUACCUAACUGCUGUGAGCUGGUCAAUAGUAUUCUGAUGUUUCUCGUACAACUGUCCUCAUCUAAACAUCAUACUAAACAGAUCAUUGAAAUACCUAAGCUGAUACAACUCUGCGAUGGUCUGAUGGCGUCAGGGGCUCACGCUGAAUGCAUAGCUGGGCUGGAACCGGUCGCCGUUAGAGUCUUCAGCAGUAUGGGAGGUGGUAGUAUAUUGGGUAGGGCACAACAACAAGAAGCCCAGGCGACGAGAGAAGUUCUGUUCUACAUGCUUCAGAAGUCCAUGCAUCAGCAUAAGGUUCUCGACCUAGUAUCGUGCGUGCUAUCCUUGUCUCAAGAACACCCUGAGAGUUACUACCGGUGGUCAGAGUUAGCCAGCGACACACUUCUCAAUCUACUCUCACAGAGGUCUAUUGAAAUUGAUACGGCCAGAGCAAUAUCGGCUUUAGAAAGACUGUUGGAUUCAGUGUACAAAGACGUUCUAUUAGAACAGAGUAGAGUAGAAAUAUUAUUGAAGAUAUUGUUUAAAGCACCGCCUGAUCAGUCAACUACACCAUACAAGCUGAAACUCCGCUAUCUCUCAAUAAUAAUGGUACUACUACGUAAAGUACUAAUCCUUAUACCCGAGAGUGAGAUCCUGCUAUCGAUAAAUUAUCUAAAAGCCACAUACAUAUCGCCUCAGUCGAUAUUCUUCAAUGUCAAAACAGAUGUGGAUCCGUUGAAUGUGCAAAAUGUCAACGAGAAUUGCGCGAAUUUGUCACCAGAUGUGAUUCUAGUCAGAUUUCUAUUCAAAACCCUGACAUUCGCUAUAACAGAAAUGGACAACUGUCACAGCAAUGCGAAUUUGGACCGCGAAGACGUGUCAGAUACGGGCGAAAAUCACAAGUUGUUAUACUCUGUUUGUGUCAAUAUUAUAGUUCAUGUUAAACAUAUGCUACAUUUGACAAACGGCUGCCUCUUCCCCCUGACAGCUAAGACGGCGCAAAACAUUCUCCACAACGAGCAAAGCGGGCUCAAUACCGGCUUGUACAGUCCAGAAGAAAACAUACCACUAGAUCUGUUGAACUUGAUAUGUCUGAGGUCCGCGCAUCGGAUCCCGCUGCUGACUGUACACUGGUCUCAUUUGCUGAUUCGACUAAACUUCCUAUCACACAAAUACUGGCAGAAACUAGUAGGUUUCGCCCGGAACCUCCCUUUGAGCGCAGCUAGCGACACCCAUCUACUGCGUGGCGAUACGCUACAAACUGCCUGCGUUAUGGCCUACUGCGAAUACUUUGUAGAAAAUGGCCUAACAGAAGUUGUCCACCUAACCUGGCUACUAGUAAACCGGGUUCAUAUCCUGGUUAGUCAGUACCGGGAACCAAUAGUGCAGAGCGUAGUGGCCAAGGUACAACAGGUGGCUGGUGCGUCAGGGCUGCUGCUGCAAGCCGUGGCUGCGAGGUGCCAGAGCUGUCUCAAGGAUGAAUUUGCAUUGAACGCUUACAAGAUACUGUCGUUGUGCCAUGAGAGUCAAUCGGGCGCUCUAGUUUUCCUCAUCUGUCGAAUUAUUGGCAAACUUGAACCUGCUAUUGCAGUACGGUUCGCAAAACUAGCCAUAGAGCGAUGCAUAAUGCUGAAAGAAAUGCCAGUGGACAAAAUACACGUACAACUAUCGAAAGAAGACGUGCAAGUCGCACUGGAGUUACUGCAGAGAGAUAAAGUACACGUUAGGUAUUCUAAUUUAGUACUGGAAUUAAACGCCUUAGCGUCCAGCGUAUUCGAUCUGUCUCCAUUAGAUCUGUCUCAGGAUAGAGCUAUAAACCCUCAGUACAUUGUUACUACCAACGUUGAUAGCAACUGGCUGCUGAAUCAAGUUAAGAGCAGAUGCUGUCAAACAGAUUGUUCAGCCCCAAAAGUACCUAAACAAAACGAACUAGCACUUUUGCUAUCCAAUUUACCUCAAGACGACUUGCCAACUAUCAUGUCUUCUCCUGAGUUCGAUAGAAAACUUCUCUCCGCGUGCUUCAAAGUGUCCUGCGAUAAUUACUUAAGGGAAUUCUUAAACGUUACAUCUACUAUCGAAACGAAAGAAAUGGAGAAAGAGAACAUAAGAGAACAGAGGGAGAUGUCUAAAAUGAGAGAUGAGAUGACGUCAUCAAUCGACAGCAACAAACUGAACGUUGUAAAUACUUUGCAUGUAUUUAAGAAGAGCGAUAAUAAAGAAUCUAAGUCGCAGUUUUUCAUACCAAUAACUGACAAUGAAAAUUUGAAAGACAAUUUUGGGAAUUUACAAAUAUCUGAUGAAGAAAUGGAAUUAGUGCCGCCACAAUUACCUGAUAUAUACACUGUAGCUUUAGCUACUUUCGACAAAUGUUUGGCGGAUGUAAUAAGACUAUUCCCUAAACAAAAUCGGCCUCUGAGCCAAUCCGAAAACUUCGAUCUGAGUACAGAACAGACUAUAGACAGAUAUACUCGAAGAUGCCACCAAGUCUUUCAAGAUAAGCUUUUCUAUCAAGAGUUUAUCAACAUGCAAACUAUCCUUUCUGGUUUCUUGGAUUCCUUAGACAGAAUGAUCGCACUUAUAGACGAAACCGACUGUGAUUUAUUAGAGAAAUGUAUUGAGAAUAUACUUCCAAGCAGCUUAGCAAAGAAUAUAGCGAUAUUUUCAGUUAUAUCUUUGCAGUAUUUAUCGUUUUUGAUUAAGAAUAAGAAGAUAGUUGAGAGUCCUAUUCACACUGACGUUUCGUUCAGAGCUACUGUGGUGUCAGAGACUGUUAUAGUGGAUAAUGUGGUUUCUGUUACUAUUAACAACGUCGCUAAAGCAUUGACGUUUGAAGAGAUCUGGUCGGAGCUCAAUGUGGAUAGUAAUGUGAAUAGAACGCAAUCUGCCAUCAGUUGUUUAUACGCGGUUGUGAAGUAUUUGGUUAAGGACACAAAACCUCUAAUCCUAGAACACUACAUGCAAACCCAAGAUGAAGGUCCAAAACCAGAUAUAAUCAUAGUUGGCGACAAACUUGUAACAUUGAUAGAUUACUGGGAGCGGCAUUUCUAUGCACAGAGCGCGGACUUUUUGGCCAAAUGCUAUAGGCAACCGAUUGAGACCUUGAUCGUUAGUUUGUCUAGGUUGGACAUAGUAAACAACAUAGCUUUAAUACCACCAAUUGCAUGGCCGUCAGUAGAAGUCACAACGAAGAAGGACCAACUCAAUAAGAUCGACUUACCGUUACAAGCGUUACAAGAUUUAGAUGUGCUGGAAUCUUUCUUAUUCAGGGUAAACCUAAUAGGCUGGUCAUCGAAGAAACAGUUUGAGGAAAUGUGGGUGGGCCUCCUGGGCGCGUUGCAAGGCAACGGUCCGCACUGCGCCGUGCGCGGGAUCACCCAGCUGUUGACCAGCGCCGCGCCCACUGUGCGCCGCCGCGGAAUCGUGCACGUGCCCAGGCAGAGCGCACACGUCAGCUGUGGAAUGCAACGCCUCCGAAACCUCCUCGUGGGCACGAAAGCGGACAAACUGUUUGACAACGUGAACUUAGAGAGGAUACCACUGAUGAACGAUGGCUUCGACGGAUAUCACUACGCGCAGUUCAAUUCGGAGUAUCUGAAGUUGGCAUCAGAUAUAAUCGAUGACGCUUCAUAUAAAGUGCGUCAAGAAGUGAAAAGAACGAAGAAGACAAGGGAGAUCGAUGUAAACAGCUGCUUGCAAUUGUUGAUGGACGUCACAUCGCAAAUGUUGGAAGCUAAGGCCCCAACAGGCCUAGCUUGCAGUGUGGCCCUCCUCUCCUGCAUCACCCACUCGAGCGAGCAGUUCACGCAGACGGGUCAGUGGUGCUACGCGGCGCAGACGCUGAUAGCUGUAUGCGGGGUGUCUCAUGCGCACCUAACGCAGUACAACGCGGCGGGGAGAGCUCUGUUGUAUGCCUUGUCAAGGUGUCUGUCUGUGCUGGACGGGUUUGAAGGGCUACAGGAGCUAUCAACAGUCCACCAGAAGCUGCUAAAGUCCCUAUCAUCGUCCUACGCGCCGCUCCGCCAGGCCGCGUUACAGGGUUGCCUGCUGCAACUGACAGGCAAAGCUCCACACAUUGUGAGCCAGCAAUCUACGCCGAAUCCCUACCAACAACUUGUGUCGCAGUUGAACGUCGCUGUUCGGCAGUAUUUAGCUCCCAAUUCUAAAAUAUCGCUAUACGAACAGAGUUUGUACUGGACGGUGCUGUUCACGCUAAUAGAACUUGGGCAUCCGGAUCUAAUUAACAUUGCCGUGGACUUUGUAUUGGCCAACCCUCGACACUACUGCACCGAUCUUGUUGUUAAGGGUAUAACGUUAACAAUCCGGCAACAAGUAUUACCGAAAGAAUUGAAGAAGACAAUCAUAGAAAAGUUGUUAGAUAACAUGAAAAAUUACAACGAAGAUCACGCUGUUCAAAUACUGGUCGUGCAUCUGUUCACUGCGGACAACAAACUUCUAAGUCCAAAACUGACUUCGGAUGUCUCCGACAUGGAUCCUGACAUCCUUAUGAGUUCUAUGGAACGCAUUACUCUAUUGUACAAAGUUCUAAGACAAUGCAAGAGAAAGGAAAACAAAGAAAUAGUAACUUCUGUUAUAAAGUACUUCUUAAGAGAGACUCUUCCUCCUGCGGCUACUGUAAGCAGAGUCGUAAUAGAGUUCAUAGAGAGUUGUAAAGAGAGUGAGAAGAGGAGAUUGGAGGUGCUAAGUGAUAGAGAGAGAUGGGUGCUCAACUCUGUGUUGAAUGCCGAUAUUGUUUUUGAGGUCUUCGAAACAGCAGUAACUCAAGACCAACUGCCAGUCCUGAGCGGUUGGUUAUUCGAAGCCUUCUGCCAUCUACUACACGGCAAAAUAUCGCCGCAUCUUCUACCUUAUUGCAUGCUGACAUUACUAGUAUCAGCUAGUUCAAACCAGCAUAUAAGGAAAAUAUCUCCACUCUGCCAGCACAUAUUGAAAUUAGGCUUCAGUAAAUGCGUUGAAAAGGGUGAAAAUUGGGGACAUUUUAAAGACUUUUUAAGUCAAGAUGUAGCUAUGAAGUUUUCGGAUAGGCGGUUGCUGUGUGUAGUAGGAUUGCAUUCAGAUUUUAUUAAGACAUAUUUGGAGCGUUUAAAGGAGUUGUGUGAAAGUAAUCAGUGUUUACAGGACUUGCUUGCUUGUCUGACUGUUUGAUUUUAGUUAGUUAUAUUAUUGAAACACAUUUGUCUGUAAACGUGUUUUUGACGUGACUUUUCGUACGUAGAUUUGCGGUAAACAACAUUAACUCCUUGGCCGGAAUGGAAACAUUAAACGAGUUUAAAUUCUAUUAUAUGUUUUUAAAACAUUUCUUCAAGCCGUUAAAAAAAGCAUUAAUACAUCGGUCUAAAAUAUGCCUCAGUUUUUGUCAUAUGUCUAUUUUGUUUGUUAAAUUUAUUAAGAUUUUUUUUACAAAGUUUACAUACAAAUGUGUUCAACGGUAGUGUGUACAGAUAUUGAAUAGUCAGUCUAUUUGUUGUUUUAAUGUAUGGCUGUGUUUUGUCAAUGUAGGUAUACAGCCAAGCUUUACAUUUUGUUAGGAUAGAGACAACGUUAGUUUAUUUAUGACUAGUUAUUGAUAUGCGAAAGAAUAUAAAAGGUCGUGUCUUGUAUUAAUUAGAAGUCUGCGUAUAUUCAUAUUAUUUAUCAUAGGCAUAAGCACUAAAAUGCUUCAUUUUAAAUAGAGUGGUCACAUAAUUUAAUUACGUACUUUUAGAUCGGUCCGUAGUUAGGGCAAUAUCCGAAAGAGUUAUGCUUACUGUACACAGCUGGGAAAGCCGCUAGUGGGUCGAUGUGCUGAAAUUUGUACUAAGCCUCAAACUUGAGUGCGGGACGGGGAUAUCUAAAUUGGAAGGUUGGAAAGUUAAAAGUACCUAUCACAUUUCAAGACAAAUCGUAAAAUAUCGGGACAGUUAAGGCUUUGACGGACAGUAGACGCGGUUAUAAAAUGUGGUGCGUUUACCACAGUGUUGUGUGUUUCCUUAGUGUUAUCCCCGGUAGUAAAAAGGCGCAAGUUAUGUAAAAACGUAGCGUGAUUAUGGAGAAAGCUCAUGGAGUCACUUAGUUCAAACUCCAACCGGUUUCUUGCAAAGUAAUAAAUUAACUGGUUGCCCUUAAGACCUGGUUCAAGUCGUUUCUGUAAUAGACCAAAACCACCUAAAAAAACGUAAAUUUUAUAAUUAUGACAAGUACUGGUUCAUAAUUUCACCACUGUUUACAAAUAAUUCGCUGGGCUCAGUGACUGAACUUUUGCUCCAUUGUACCAUUGAGUAACUCAAUUUGGAUAUAGUCGAGAGAUUAUUUACAUUACAUUUCGCGACUUUACAGCGCAGAUUAUGUUGUUAUGAUUAUAGUGAUGUGUAGUUGUUCGUCUUUUUCGUACUAAACUGUAUACUUUUAGUGCGAAAGAGACAUGUCUUUCGUCUCGUUCGCACUAGGCGAUGUUCUAUAUCUCAUAAUCAUGCUACGUUAAACAUCGGCCGAUCAAAAAUAUGUAAUGUUGAUUCUACCAACAAUAAUACACUUGAAUAUGAGUGCUGUAUCAAUAUGGUACAAAGAUAAAAUACUUCGUGAAACCACCCGGUUUAGAUGUUCAGUAAUGACGUUUUCAUGUUAUAUGAGAGAUUAUAUUAAAAAUUCUGUCUACCUACUCUAUUUUACUAAAACUGUCAACAACAAAAUAUUACAGAAUCUAUGCAAAAAUGUUUUAUGACGUCAUCUAAGUUCGUAACGCGAGGCUUUGUAUGUAGCGAGUAGUAUUUUUAUACCUUGUCUUCACCUUGAUAUGUCUGUUUUGAAAUGUGCUAAAAAGAAAUUAUUAUAGUUACCACCACAUAGAAGCAAUUAAUCUAAAAAGUGAUUGCAAUUUAACAUUUGCGCAUAUAAAAGUGCGCAAUUUCAAAUUCAAUGUCAAAUAUUGCUUUUUUGUGAGAAUUGUCUCAAUAUGGCCUUUUUAGAAAGAACGCUGAACUCCGUUUUGAUUGUCUAUGAGAAUACAUACGUAGUUGAAGUCAUAAAGAUGAAUAGAAAUUAUGCAAAUGACAAUGGGCACUUUUGUAUGAAACUUGGUCCAAGAACCUCCACUGAUGAGACUUAUAUGUAAUGAAAGCUUAUGCUUUCCCUAUGAUUCUGGCAAAGUUCUAUCAGAUUCUGUCCCGGGGUUCUUUUUUUACGGCCAUGUUUGUCCUGGCUAAAAAUGUGAUAAAAUACAGUGGGAGCUAAAAUCGACUCAAGAUUUGUUGCUAGAUAACUAAG